UUUGUCGCAGCCACAGAGAUGGCAUGCUAGUUCAGUCGCGCGCGAACAUUUGGGUUGGUGGUACGCAGUUGAAUUGGCCGGAUAACAUGCAGCUACUCUCGUAGCGGUAGACGAAUUUUGUUUUGAUUUCUCGCGUUGGGUUAUCUGAGUGCACUUUUGUUUCUUCUUUUUUUGGGAUUACCAGCUCAUUUUCUGGAGGUGUCGAGAUACCUCAUCUCCCAUCUCUUGGUUCAAGACGACCAUCAAGGUAUAUGCCAGAUGCCUACGACCUGAUAUCGAAUACAAAACCCUCAGCAUAACCUUCCAGACAACAUGCAAAGAAGUUGUAGGAACGCUGUUGGGGAAAUACAAAAUGAAGCACAGAGAUCCGAAGCUGUUUUAUCUCUCGAUGGAGGUGACUGUUCGGAAAGCUGGGGUGCGAACCCAUUUGGCGCUGGAUGAAGAGGCCAGACCUGCUGUGUUGCAGAGCUGUCACCCGAAAGGAGAUUCGAAAUUCUCUCUUCAGACAAGACGAGGAGGUUUAGUGAAAAUCCAUGACUCCGUCCUCAACAGCAACUCCCAAUACAAAAGUCUUCUAAUCAGUGCUCGAACGACAGUAGACGAAGUUAUCGCUCUCCUACUCAAUUGCUACAAUAGCAAAGAACGGGUGGAACAGUUUUCUCUUUACGAGGUGAAUACAGACAAGGAGCAGCAGAGAAAGUUGCACCCGGACGACAGACCUCUGCAUGUGCAGCAAACGUGGCUACCAUCUCACUUGUGCCAUUUCCUGAUGAGACGGAAUCCAGACUAUCUACCCCUGUCAAGAAGAAAGAUUUUUUGGGUUUCCGAUCUGCCCCCUCUUCCAGCAUCAAGAACCUUCCGAACUUCGCAGCAGCAAACAGGAAACAAUAAAAAUACGCUAGCGCUUUUGUCAAAAUCUCAAACCUCUCUCCUGGUUGAAAAGAAAAAAGAAGAAUCUCCUAAGCAGAGUCCGCCCAAAAAAGAGACAGAAAGUUCACCAAAACAGAAAGAUAACUUUGUCAUGAAAAAUACAAACAGUAACCUUAAAAUAUGGGGCAGUAGUUCUCAACUAUCUAAAAGUAAUAAUGGGCAGUCUUCAUAUUCGGACUAUGAGAAUUACUUUUAUAUAUAAUGAUAUUGGGUAAUAUAUUGUUUUGAAAAAGAUUUCUCCUUGUAAAAAUUGUAUAUAAUUGUUGUGUUGUGUGUUGUACAGUUGAUUUUUGGAUGUGAUAGAAUGCUAAUUCAAUUUUUGAACUACAGUUUGUAUUGCUAUUUCAAAAUUAGAAAAAAAACACACAAUAGUGAGCAUCUAGAUCAGCGACUCCCAAAGUAGUCCAGAUGGACCCUCGGGGGUCCACGACAGAAUCGGCGGGAGUCUAGGUUGGCGUGACCAAAAACUGGGGGUUCACAAUUCGUAAGCGGGGGUCCACGAAAAUUUAUGUGGUUUCGGUAUCAAUGUAGACAGAUAAUAUUUUUAAAAGCUCAGCCAUUGUUACAUGUAAAAACUUCCAAAUUUCAUAUUCAGUGCAACGUGUCGAGAAUGAGAUAUCACAAGAGAAGCUACUCGAACAUAGCACUAAUGAUGAGCUGAAGGUGAAAUUUAAAAGAGGGUAUCAAACAUUUUGGCUGCAGACAGAAAUACCCGAAAAAUAUCCUGGACUGUGGGGAAUUGCGAGAAAGCUUUUGAUAGCAUUUCCCUCGUCAUAUCUUGUCGGAAAAAAAUUUAGUGUCGAUACAAACCUUUUAAUAUCACAGAACGGAAAUAUUUGCGGUGACUCCUAACAAAACUGUAACCAAAUAUUGAUAAUUUGCUGUCAAUCCAUCAAGUACAUCAUUUUCAUUAAAAUUAUGACUAUUUCGUGAUUGUCAUUGUAAAGUAGAAGUUACAUUAUCAGUGUUUGAUUUUGAUUACAUUACGACUGAGUCAUAGUGUAAUAAUUACAUGAGUAUUUGAAAAAACAACACAAUAAAAUAUACUACUUUCCUUUUUAUUUUCACCACACCGAACGGGGAAUUUUCUAAAUAAAAUCAGUGUGAAACCACUCACAGCACAAUCAAUUGAUUAAUUACCCGAUCAAUUUUCACUUUUCAUUCAACAAAUGUUGAUUCGUGGUUGGAAUGUAGGCUCGAGUUAGAUCUAAUCUUCACAUUUUUUUAUCGAGGUUUGGGAAUAUGGUAGAAAUGUAGCUGCAGGGCGUCCAGAACCAGCUAAAUUUUGAAAGUGGUCUAUGAUGGAAAAAGUUUGGGAGCCUCUGAUCUAGAUUCUAGAUUGUUCUCCGUUUUUGUUCGAAGCCAAAGAGUUGUGUGUAACAAUGUUUUUCUAUGUAAAAGUUAUUGACAUAUGUGUGAAAAACAUCAGCAGCUUUCAGCACAUAUUAUAUGACAAAGUAUACUAUGUUUCGUCUGUGUUCUUAUGUUUUAUUCAGGAAAUGAAUGUUCUGUAGAAUAAUUAUUGAAAUUGAAAUAUUCGUAUCCUAAAUUAAUCUAUUACCAGGAGGUGAGCUUUCCUUCAAUUUUUUGAAUUGAAGAUAAUGGUAGUAACAUGUCUUACUAGUUUUUAGUUAUUUGUCAUCCAAAGAUUAUUUGUAAGUACUAAAGGAUACUUUCAUGUGUAUAUAUUAAUAAUAAGCGAAUUUGUAUUUAAUUCAAAACGUGCAAUGUUAAUUAAAUCUUGUAAUGUAUUGUAGGUGUGUUUGAAAACCAAAGAGUCAUGUAAUUUCAUAAGUCACAUUGUAUAUUAUAAGAAAUCGUGUUUGGUGUAUAUCUGCCUACAUCUAUAUAAUAAACGACGUAUAUUGA